UAGCUCAAGUGGUAGGGUGCUAGCCUUAAGCAAAAGAAGCUCAGGGACAGUGCCCAGGCCCUGAGUUCAAGUCCCAGGACUGGCCAAAAAAAAUGUAUUUCUAUGUGGCAACUAUGCAGGAAAGUGGUAACAAGAGAUUACAAGAGAUUAUGUUGGCCUUUUGGAUAUCAUUGAAAAUAGACAGAGGUAAUAAAAUGGAUGUAAUUUGAAAAAUUUUAAUUAGCUGUAAGGCGUGUCCUGACAGUUAAGUUUGUACAUUCUGGAAUGAGGUACUGAGGCAUCGUAUUUGGGUCCAUCACAUUCUGUUACUCUCCUGGGGAUUCCCGGAACAUCCUGGUGUACAGCCAAUCUGGUGUAUUCAGAGGAAGCAGAUGGCCAGGAAAGGGGGGUGGGGGGACUGGGAAUACUGCAUGGUCAUAGCUGACAAACCUAUGGGCACAUAUUCUGACUCUGAGAAGAUCCUAGGUUCUAAAGCUGCCUGUAGGAUAGCAAACAAAACAUCACAUGGGAAAGCUGGCCUCAUAUCCCAGGCAAUAAGAACAGUAACAGGCUAAUGCUUCCUUUCUCCAAAACAACAACAAACUCCAUAUUGCACACAUGGUUUCCUGAAUGGAAAUAAAGUGAUAUAAAAUAAGAAGGCCCAAACUGAAGCUGAGUUCCUCCCCAGCAGGGAAAGUUUCCCUAGAAGGUAGCCUAAAAUUAGUAAAAAUCACUGAGAGACAAGCCAGACCCUGUCAAGAUGGUUUCCAUCACCUCGACAUCAAUCUGAGUCUCAGGUACCUGAUCUCCUGAAUUGGUCACAAUUGGGGAAGUCACUGCAGGACUCUGUGAAUUGAUUUGAAAUCUAACUUAUACGUGGAUAACAAUUGCAGUUUUCUGUACUCAGGCCUUAAAUAUAAUGUUUGACCUAAUGGCAAUGACCUACUUUCCACUCCCACUGGGAAUCUGGAGUUAUCUUGCCCUUAUUUGGAUUCUAUAGGGAUGCAGGGCGGGGGAUAGAGAUGGGAAAUGUUUCCAAAGCAACAGGCCAAAUCACUCUUACGUACUGGGCAGCUGAUAGGAAGGAGCAUGGACCACCAAAUCUUACUAAGUAAGGAUGCAUGGAUGGUCAUAAAAUUAAAAACAAAAAACCUUACUACAAAACAAAAGGCAGAUACCCAGACCCAUCUACUAAAUGGAGGGCCACAAAUAUCAUCCCCCAACUUGUAGUUUGAAAGUUUUUAGGGUCAAAGUUCAGGAUCUCUAGGGGUCUCGUUGUUAAGUAGAUAUCAUCUCUAAUACUAGAUGUUUUUUUCCUGCUAAGAAUCCUACACCUCCCAAGUCUGUUAGCAAUUAGAAUAGCCAUGGCAAUAGAUGAGAUUAAAAAGAAAGGAAGCGUCCUAGGUGGUCUAUAGUCAAGCCCACCUGGUCUAUACUGACGUGCCACCCGUUCACUUUUAUGGUCUCCUCUCCAAAGCCCUCUGAACUCUAGUGGCUUAGAUUACCACCUUCUUAGGCUGGGUUUUUGGUAAAGCCUCCCUCCCAGUCUUCACGGUCCUCAAUUGGGGGCAUGGAUCUCAGUCAUGGACUCCUAAAUGAAUAGCAGGAGGUGAGAGGAAGGGGCACCUGCCUUUACCCCACCAUAGAUAGUCAAUCUUAUCCCAGAGGCAUGUCCUAACUUGACCCCAAUUCUGAAAGUUCUGUGGAACCUAGAUUUGUGAAAGGGGGACACAAGUUCCUGGAGCUGACUCUAAAAAAGUGAGUCUGAACACCUGCCAAGAAGCAUCCACAGAGACCUUUGCCCCACCACACUCCAGGCCUGACAGCCUUUCUGUGCCAGGACAAGUUCUGAACAUCUGCGCUGAGCUCCCAAGCCCCUAAGAAGUUCCAAGACCCUUCUGGGACCCAUCCCUUUAAAGCAGCUGCUUCCACCUAGGUAAGUAUAUGGUUCUGGGCCUCCACCCUAGAUUGGGAAGAUGCAGAGGGGUAAUGGGAAGAGAUAUUGAAGGUCCUAUUUUCUGGAAGACAGGUCCCAUAAGGAAUUUUUCUAACCCAGGAAGUACCCACAUCCUGUAGUCAAGGGAACCAUGGAACACAGAGCUAAUCAUGGAGAUCAGGAGAGACCAAGCCUUCAUCUGGAAAAGCUACAGCACUGGACAAGACACAGACAAAGUGGACACCUCUUGGUGCUGGCGGUAAGCCAACUAUGGCUAGCAAUGGCUAUGGUGCCCUUUGCUAUCUCAGUUGCUUGCUUGAAUUCUGCUUGUCACAUGGCCACAGCACUGCCACUGGGGCCUGGAGUCUCGGGUCUUCUCACUGGGAUUGUCACUCUUGAGCUUCGCAGAGCACCCCGCCUUUGGAAGCUAGGGUGCCAGUGGGCAUCAAGUUGGAAUGGUUCUCAUAGUCUGGGCAGGGCUCAACUGGCUCACUGGCAGGUGCGGGCCAUGAUGAUAUUCAACACCUUCAACUUGAUCUUGGGCUUCAUCGUGGUAGUGGUGGAGGUGAUGAAGACAGCCUUGGGGCCUGCCCCUACUGCCCCCUCCCAGGUACUGGUAAAUGAAAGAGAAGGUGGGAGGAGGAAGAGAAACCAAGCACUGGAGAGGAGAAAGGGCAGGGGAAAACACUUGGUGGAUCCCCACAGUAUCUUCAAUUCUGUUUAUCUUCAGCUGGCAGGCUUGCUGGUACUGGAGCUCAGUGCUGAGGCCUUCACCCUAGGGGGAGUGCUGUUCUCAGCAUAUGCCUUAUUCUUGUUGAGUCAGAGGAAGCCGGGAUGCUUCAGGAGCCAGAGUCUACACUACCAGGAGCUGCAGGAGGUACUGGUUAUAGGGAGUAGAGCAUGGAGCAGCUCAGCUAGCAACCAACCAAUUUUUCCCACAUGCUAUCCUGGCUACUGGCACUUAAAAGAACACAGUGGAACAGGAGGGAAAUGAAGGGAUCUUAUAUUGAAUUGGAUUGGUUUUCUGGCUUUAGCUAUUCUUCCCCUAAUGGUGGAGAAUUCUCCCUUAACAGGAGAACUGAGAAUCUAAAAUGACUGGGUGAACAUUAGUACUGCCUUAAAUGUGUAUUGGAAGGGUUAUUUUAAAAAUGGGGGAGGAGAAAGUUGCUUCUAAUCUGGAUUUUCCUUUUUCACGCCUACAAUUUGCACAAAUGUCUGGUUUUCAGGGCCUCUCUGAGGUGGAGGAGAUUCCUGAUUUGGAGAAUGGUCCCAAAGUGGCCAGCACAGGAAGUGGAAUGAGUGAUCAGGCAAGGGGAAGCAGAUAGGUGCUACUGCCCUUUCCUACAGGGGCAUUCUUUAGGUG